UUUAGGAAAUUUUUAAGGAAUUUUUUAGGGAAUUUUAGCAAUUUUAAGGAAUUUUGGGAAUUUUUAAGGAUUUUUAGGAAAUUUUUGGGAAUUUUUUAGGAAUUUUUUGGGAUCAAAGUGCCUGGAUUGCCACGCCUGGAAGCUCCUUAAUUAUUAUUAAUUAAUUCAUCCUCAUUAAUUAUUAUUAUUAUUAAUUAAAGAUUGGAGCCCUCCCCUAAUGAGGGGGGAGGGGCUCUUAUUGCCUUUGGAGAGGCCCCUCCCCCUUUUCCGGGACUUCCGGGGGUGGGGGGAGGGGCCUGGGACCCUCUGGAAGGUUCCGGAAUUCCGUGGGAAGUUCCGGAAUUCCGUGGAAAGUUCCGGAAUUUCUGGAUCCCUCUGGAAGCACCUGGAAAUGUCUGGAAAGUUCUGGAAUUCCAUGGUAAGUUCUAUAAGGUUUUGGAUCCCCUGGAAAGUUCUGGAAAGUUUUGGAUCCCCCCCAGAAAGUUCCGGAAGUUUUGAAUUCCGUGGGAAGUUCUGGGAUUUCUGUGGAAUGUUCUGGAUCCCUGUGGAAGCACCUGGAAGUUCUGGGAUUUCUGGAAUCCCGUAGAAAGUUCUGGAAGUUCUGGAAUUCCAUGAAAAGUUUUGGAAGUUCUGGAAUCCCAUGGAAAGUUCUGGAAGUUCUGGAAUCCCAUGGAGGGUUCUGGAUCCCUGUGGAAGCACCUGGAAAGUUCUGGAAUUCCAUAGAAAAUUCUGGAAUUUCUGCACCCCCAUGGAAGGUUCUAAGGUCCCUGUGGAAGAUCUGGAAAUGUCUGGAAAGUUCUGGAAAUCCAUGGGAAGUUCGGACCCUUGUGGAAAGUUCUGGAAUUCCACAGGAAAUCCUGGAAUUUGUGGCAAGUUCUCAAAGUUCUGGAACCUUCCGGAGAGUUCUGGGAUUCAAUGGAAAGUUCUGGAAGGUUCCUGGUCCACCUGGAAGCACUUGGAAAGUUCUGGAAAGUUCUGGAUCCCUAGGGAGGUCCUCGGAUCGCUGUGGAAGCUUCUGGAAUGUUCCGAGUCCUGCACGGAAGGUUCUGGAACCCCGUGGAAAGUUCCGGAUCUGUAGGAGGAGCCCGGGACCCACUGGGGAAGGUUCUGGAUCACCGCGGAAAGUUCUGGAAGAGUUUUGGAAUUCCUGGGCCCGCGUUGAAGGUUCUGGAAUUCCACGGAAUGUUUUGGAUCCAUGGAGAAUGUUCUGGAGAUCCUUGGAAUGUUCUGGAUCCUCAGGAAGGGUCUUGGUCCUCUUUGGAAGGUUCUGGAUCUCCAGGAGGAAUCUUGGUCCCGUAUGGAAGGUUCUGGAAUUCCAUGGAAGGUUCUGGAAGCACAGGGAUGGCCUCGGGUCCCUCAGGAAUGUUCUGGAUCCCACCAGGAGGGUCUUGGACCCCCCUGGAAUGUUCUGGACCCACAGGAAGCGUCUCGGUUCCCUGUGGAAGCUUCUGGAAAGUUCUGGAUCCACAGGAGAGGUCUCGGUCCCAUGUGGAAGGUUCUGGAUCUUCAGGGAGAAUCUUGGUCCCUUUUGGAAGGUUCUGGAAUUCCAUGGAAGCUUCUGGAAUUCCAUGGAAGGUUCUGGACCCACAGGAAGGGUCUUGGUUCCUUGUGGAAGCUUCUGGAUUGCUCCUGGAAUUCCAUGGAAGGUUCUGGAAGCACAGGGAUGUUCUUGUGUCCAUCAGGAAUGUUCUGGACCCCACCAGGAGGGUCUUGGACCCCCCUGGAAUGUUCUGGACCCACAGGAAGCAUCUCGGUUCCCUGUGGAAGCUUCUGGAAGGUUCUGGAUCCCCAGGAAGGGUCUUGGUCUCACAUGGAAGGUUCUGGAUUUUCCUGGAAUGCCCAGGAUCCACAGGGAUGGUCUCAGUUCCACCUGGGAAGUUCUGGGUCUCCAGGAAUGUUCUCGGUCCCUUUUGGAAGGUUCUGGAAUGUCCAUGGAAGGUUCUGGAUCUCCAGGAGGGGUCUUGGUCCUGUAUGGAAGGUUCUGGAAUUCCAUGGAAGGUUCUGGAUCCUCAGGAAGGGUCUUGGUCCCGCAUGGAAUGUUCUGGAUCCUUCUGGAAUGUUCUGGCUCUGCAGGGGAGGUCUCAGAUCUGAUUUCUCUGUCCCAGGAGGGAAAUUCUGGAUCCAGGUGGGGUCUGAUGGUGCUCCGAAGCUCUGGAGAACAUCCUGAUGGGAUCCACCACAAUUCCAGAGGAUUUCUCCAUCCCAGUA